UCCCUCCCACCACUCCCACUCCACCUCCUUUCUCCUUUGCUUAGUUGACCGACUUCACUCCUCCUCACACCAACUCUCCCUAUAUAAACCCUCCGCCCUCGUCUCUCUCUCCUCCAACCCAUUUCAUCUCACACCUCCAAACAUAUUCUAAGCUUCUGUCUCGACAUGGCCUUGGAGGCUUUGAACUCACCCAACACUGCCGCGCUCGCCUUCGAAGACGAGCCUAGCCGCAACAUGGACCUCGCCCGCCACCUCGCCGCCAAGCGUAAACGUUCCAAACGGCCGCGCUUCGAGGACUCGCUUUCCGAAGAGGAGUACAUGGCCUUCUGCCUCUUGCUGCUUGCUCGCGGCACAACCGACACCACCACUGCCUCUGCUCUUGCCGCCGCCCCAGCUGCUCAUCAAUUGCCGCCGCAUCCGCUGGCUUCUUACAAGUGUGUCGUAUGCAGCAAGGCUUUCAGCUCCUACCAGGCUCUCGGUGGCCACAAGGCUAGCCACCGCAAGUCCAACCAGACCUCCGCCGUGUCCGCCGCCGUCGUCAAGGUUGAAACACUCUCGGUCGCCGCCGCGAGUGGGAGGAGCCAUGAGUGCACCAUCUGCCACAAGUGCUUCCCGACCGGGCAGGCCUUGGGAGGACACAAGCGCUGCCACUACGACGGCGGCAGCAGCGCCGCCAACAGCGCUGUCACGACGGUUUCUGAAGGCGGCAGCCACAGCCAAACCCAAAGCCAGACUCAGGGCCAGCGUGGGUUCGUACUCGACCUGAACUUGCCGGCUGAACCAGAAGUACUACAAGUAUGGACCGGGUUCGAUAAGAAAAGGAGCGCUCAAGUCUCCGCCGAGCAGGAGGAGGUGCAGAGUCCGAUGCCGGAAAAGAAACCGCGCCUGACAUUGGGGCGCGAGUGAAUUUGAAGUUUCAUGUAUGUCGGGAAUUACAGAGUUACAGAACAUGUAAUAGUACAGUAAUUUGGUCUUUAUGAUCAAUUGGGGGUGGUGUACAUAGGAAUUUAAUUUCAUUGGUUCAUUUUCGUUCUUGUGAGAUCAUUGUGUUGGUUCUUGGAUUUAAUUUUGGUAUUGAUUUCAAUUUGUUUACUGUUGCUCAAUACCCCAUUACCAAUCUGAUGGCACCGUGAUAGAAUGUGUGACAGUUUCAGAAUUGUUACAACUUACAACCGUAUUUGGUUAAGGU